CAAGACAGAAUUGCAGUUCUGUCAAAUGUAAGACUGUCAUUCAUUUUUGUGAAACAGCUAGCGAAAUGUCUGAUUGUGCCGGUGAUAAUUCAAAACCACGAGUAGUGGUUCUAGGAGGAUGCGGCUUCAUCGGCCGGAACCUGGUGGAUUACUUGAUAUCUGAGGACUUGGUGAGCGGGUUGCGCGUCGUGGACAAGACACCGCCACAACUCGCUUUCCUCAACCCGAAGCACACCAAGACAUUUGAAGACCCCCGAGUUGAAUAUAAAAGCGCGAACCUUAUUAAUCCUGCGUCAUGCGCGUCCGCGUUAGACCCAGGCGAGGGUUCUCCGUGGGGCCUGGUGGUGAACUGCGCCGGCGAGACCCGCGUGGGGCAGACCGAGGCGGUGUACUCCGAGGGCAUCUACACGCUCAGCACGAACGUCGCCAAGCAGUGCGCCAAGCUGGAGGUGCCGCGCCUCGUCGAGAUAUCCAGUGGACAGAUGUACAGCACUGAUAAGCCUCACAAAGAAGACGGCCCAGUAGAACCGUGGACGGUGGAAGCGCGGAUGAAGAGCAAAGUGGAGCAGGAGCUGAAGGACAUGCAGGACGAGCUGAACUACACCAUCAUCAGGCCAGCCAUCGUGUACGGCAUCGGGGACAGGAGGAGCCUCACGCCGCGACUCCUGUACGGCGGUAUCUACAAGCACCUGAACGAGACCAUGAAGCUGCUGUGGACGAGCGAGCUGAAGAUGAACACUGUGCACGUGCGGGACGUGUGCCGCGCGGCCUGGACGCUGGGCGGCCUGCCCGCCGCGCGCGGACAGGUCUACAACUGUGUGGACCUGGCCGACUCCACGCAGGGCUCGCUGGCCGAACUCGUCGCGGACAUCUUCGGCAUCAAUCAUGAUUACUACGGCACCGCCAUCUCUACUUUAGCUAAGAACGACAUAGCGUCGGUGGCGGAGGAGGCGAACGACAAGCACCUGACGGCGUGGGCGGACAUGUGCCGGCGCUACGGGCUGGCGCACACGCCGCUGGAGCCGCUGGCGCCCGCCGAGCUGCUGCUGCAGCGCCAGCUGUGUCUGUGCGGGGCCCGUCUGCGCGCGCUGCUGCCGCCCGCCAUGCCCAGGCCCACGCGAGAGGCGCUCAAGGAGGUACUGGAAGACUAUGCUGCGAUGAACCUCUUCCCCAAAGAACUGCUCCUAUGACCGACUCCAAACUAAUAUUAAAUCAUCAUCGAUAUUUUACAUACAUUCAUACUAUGUAAAAUUAUACACAAUACUUAUUACAUAAAAUAACCGACUACCAAUAAGGCCAAGCAAUAAUUUUGUUUUCUUUUAUAUUUAAUACAAUUUAAAACCUACUCAAGUGUCAAAGAAAUAAGAUUUUAAUUUUAAGUGAGUUCAACUUUAUGAGAACUCAGUCUCAUUUGGAAGUCGGUUAAGUCAUUCAUACACACGUCUGUGUUGCGAUAUUCGAUCACAAGUAUUAAUGUAUUUUCAUAAAUAUGAAUAUUAUUUAAGAGUAGAUAUCCUUACGGUCAUCUGAUACAAAGAUCUGCACAUACUGUUGUGUGUGUGACACCGUACAAUCUUGGUGUCAGUUUGAUCGUAGUUAACUUUCACACCGUAACCCGAUCAGUGUAGCGUUGAUGUUUCAUCAGAACUUAGGCAUGGUAUAGAAUAGUCAGUGUGUGUAAUACCCCCCACCCCUUGGCGGUCAAUGUUUUCUCGUCUUUAUUCGAAAAUUCGUUUUAGCUUCUACAUGUGCAUAUUUAUAUAAGCGACUGUCGACUUAUUAAUUUCAUUCAUAAUAUUUUUAAUGCAACACUGUGAUACAAAGUGAGACGUUUCGAGAUCAAAAUAAAACUUUUCCGAAAAGUAUUUUAUAUAGAAAUGGUGACAAUAACUUUAUAAAAGACAUUUGAGAACUAACCAUAGUCUACUUUAAGGGAUCGAAGACUGUGAACAAUACCAAAAAGCAAUGCUAACUUUGCUUUUUUUUACAAAAAUCUUAACCUCAUAUUUCUGCAUUUUUUAUUCCAUCCAAUGAGAAUUGAAAUAAUAAAUAGUUUUUAUAUGUAAUGUAUUACGAGUAAAAGCUCAACGUAGCGUAGUACUUAAUAGUAUUCGUUUUUAUUCAAUAAUGGUGCAAAAAUAUUUAGUUUUAUGGUAUAUUAUUAUUCUAUUUUUAUUUUAUUGAUUCAAUUACUUUUUAUGCUAUAUCUUAAAAAGUUUAGGCGUUAUUUGUAAUUAAGAAAAGAUUUCUAUUUUUUUAAGAUCUGUGUACCUACUAUGAUGACUAUCCGUAUAUUUUACAUCGUUUAUUCUCAAUAGAACAAGGAUACAAGUGAAACUUAACAGGUUUUAUGAUAAUAUGUAUUUCUUGAUAUUUUCUAUGGUCUCAAACUGGACUGAUAGUCGUAACUAAAUAAUAAAACGGCCUUUAUCUUGAAUAGGUCAGUGACAAGGAAAUGUGUCCGAAGUUAAGGUAGACUCAAGAUUAUUUACUGGAGUAUUACCUAAUGCCAAACUCAGUUCUAAAGCUGAUUGUUUGGCUAAUCGACUUCUUGGUUAAAGGACACGUGAUCCAAGAGAAUUGUUUAAAUUUAAUUAAUAAAUGAUACCGAAAUACGUCCGAGCGAAGUUGAACCAAACAAACACGAUAACACAGUUGCUAGUUUGAUUUAAACAUUAUAUUAUACUGUACUGCUUUUAAAUGUGCUUCAGUCCCGAAACAUGGUUUCUUGUAUAUUGCUAGAUAAACUAAGUAUAAAGAGUCAGUCCUCACUGGAGAGCAGCGGCCGCAAGAGUGACUGUCGCCAGAAGCCUUGCCUUCAAAUGACUAAAGUUUCUCGUUAAUAAGAUUCUCAACUUUUUCUAAUACGUUGCUUCGUUUAGACGCUGCCGGCCGCUGUUCAGUCAGUGUGAAGUGACCCUAAGUCAUGAUUAAAAUUAAGAGCUUAACCCCCGAACACUGUUACACAACUUACAACGUCACUUAAAGUGAUAAACACAGCUUGAGACUCAAACGUGACGAACUGACCCCACGUGUCAGUAUUCGGGGGUUGUUUAAAGGCCUAAAUGUAACUUUAAUCUUUGUGUCAGAAAACGUUUUAGUGGGCUAAUAUAGUGCGGCAAUACAAAAAGAUUAUUUUUGUCACCUCAAAAACAAUAAUUAUUUUCGUUGUGCAGUCCACGGCUGGGCAUGAGUCUUACAACUGUUCCGCGUAAAGGUGGGCAGAG